AUGCAAAGUGCCUGGACAUUGGGCAACAAAAUUAUCCUCGUUUGCGUAUUUCUGGAGCUCGGUAUAGGGAUAGGGGUAGAGGCUCAGCUGCUGAUUUCUUUGACAGGUCCCAAGAAGUGCCAUGAUGUGUGUCCAAUGGGUUAUCGUGUAGUGUGCGCCCUAGAUGUUUUAGAUGGCUGUUUGCGCACAUUUGCCAGCAGCUGUGUAAUGCGCAUGUACAACUGCAAAUACCAGAAGGACUACCGCAUCAUAGCAGAUCGUGCCUGUGAGUUUAUAACCAACGACGAACUGAAAAGGUUGGAACUCUAGUGGCGGCUAGACGAAACAAAACGCUGCUGAAGCCAACCGCCAGAGGGUGCUAGUGCAGGGAUGGCGCACGCGUCGUAUACGCGAUAUGUAGCAAGGAACGUUGCGUGGAUGCAAACGCAAAGGAUAUAUACCAGCAGCCAUCCGUUGUGUUUCUGCUGUUUUUAUGUGUAACUCUCUGGCUCAGGCUCAACUCUCUAGGCUCGCGUCACGUCACCUCCGCGAACUAAAAUCAUCGCCAAUAUCCUUCGUUUUCCCCUGCAAAACUAUCCUUUUUGUGUUUUAAAUCAAAAUAAAUAGUACAAAGUGAAUAUUAAAAUCAUUUGCUGGUGCAAAACCAAACGCAGUGUUCAAUCCCAAAGAAAAAACCUUUCUUUGGAACAAAACGAGCGACAGCACGACGAGGCGCAAGCGAAAAAUUGUUUGGGCAGGCAGACAGGAGAAGCAGCACAAAGAAAAUAAUACCCAUAAUAGAGUGCUGUUGAAGGCCAAGUCGCAAAGACUAAGGUCUGAAAAGUUUUCUCUAUAAAAUCGCCUAUAACAGGGUAGAGCAACGAGUUCCUUGGGCUGCGGCUGCUGCUGCUGUUGCUUGGGCACACUUCUGGGCAACGCAUUGUCGCCGCCGACCG